AUGAGGUCUCUGGCGAGUGGAUUGGAUGACACGGAACAGGGGGUGCAGCAAAUGAAACAGCAGGACGCACUGGUGGUGAGAGAGACCUCGAGAGCAGCGGCGGCGCCAGACGGGCUGGCGGGACGUUUGCACAGCGCAGGCCGCCCGGAUGUCGACUGUGGGUCUGAUGUGUUGUGGGAGUGCCCGUCAGUGUUGAUUCAGCUGCAACACGUUGUGACUGGGUUUUGCCGUGUUCCAGGGACGGCAGCUGACGACACGUCCGACUUCCAUCUGUCGCCGCACAAGAGCGAGCCAGUUGUGCGGUUCGUCGACGAGUCAUACGUGGUUACGUGUGUCAGCCGCGGCGGCGAGCAGAUGAGCUGGCUGGGGCCCGACAAGGGCCGCAUCUACGAGAAGGGAAGGGUACAUGUUGAAGGUGGAAAGGAGACACUGUCACUUGUGUUCUCCAGAAUUGAGAAGAAGGACAAAGGAAAAUACACAUGUGUCUCUCGCAUACAGGGACAAGAACGUUCCUUACACUUCGAGCUGUUUGUCUACACACCCAUACAUUUUGAAGACACACCAGAGAUUCAAGAAGUGAAAGAGAAAUCAAAUGCCUUGGUAAAAUGUGAAGUUCAAGGAGAUCCUGAACCAACUAUCAAGUGGGAGGUUAAUGGAACUUCAGUAGAUGGUAUCCCAAGAUAUGAAGUUGGAGGAGAUGGACUGUUCAUUAGUAAUGUUACACUGGAUGACCGUGGCUAUUAUCAGUGUCAAGCUUUCCAACUCUCACCACAUAUCUCAAACAUGCAGCAAAAGACAAUUUUUGUCAAAGUUCUUCAUGAACCAAAAGAAAAGAAUAAGAAAGAUACAGCAUACGGUUUCAUCAAUGGAACAAAAAAUCUGACAUGUGAGGUUGUAGCUGAACCUCCCCCUGUGUUCAGAUGGAUGAAAGAUGAUGUCACAAUCAAUGAAGAUGAAAACAUAACUAUAAUCAGUGAUAAUGACACAAGUGUACUGCAGUUGGUGAUACACAAUGCAAGUUCCUUUGGUGAAUACAAAUGCAUUGCUACAAAUAAUUUCGGUAGCCGGGAACAAACAAUCCGCCUAAAGCAAGGAAAUAAGCCAGAAGUUCCAACAUUUAGCAUUAAGGAACAUACUGAUGAUACCAUUGUUUUGGAUAUUACUGCACCAGAUGCUGGGGAUUUGAAGAUACUUUCAUACCGUGUUGAGUACAUUCUAGUGCAGCAAGGAGCUUUGGCAAACUGGAAUAAUGCUAAUGUUGUGGAAUUGGAAGCUCCACCAUACAAAAUAGAGGGACUCAUGCAGGAUACAAAGUAUACUGUAAGGUUGGCUGCCAGAAAUGAAGCAGGUCUGAGCGACUACACCAAAGAGCAUUCUGUAACAACAGUCUCCAGAAAAACUCUGCUUUCAUCAAGUUCUGCACGAAGUAUGCAUUUAGUGGACAUCUCCUCAUAUCUCCUGGUGCUUUGUCACUUUCUUUCCAGAGUUGGCAUAUUUAUGAACAUUUUUAUUCAGCUGUGAACAUUCCCCCAGGUGUUCAUAUGUGAUAUGUGAGAAAAAAAUUCGAGUGUGGCACUAUAAUGUUGAAAUAGGGAAGUAAGCUGGUAAAGAUAAAGAUGUUUCUGUACUGCAGAGUUUCACUGUUGAAUAAUAUUUGAUGAUUAAUUCCUGAAACUCAAUGAUGGCAGUGUUUCAGUUUUUGUAGCGGUAAUUGGUUUCACUAGUAAAAAACUCAGCUCUACACUUUAAUUUCCUUAGGAUUUAAAUAAUGAUCUAUCUCUUUCUCUUAUUUAUUUUAAAAAGGCAGCUAAAAUUGUGAUGUUGGAUAGUUCUAAAAUGAAAAUUAAAAUUGUGAAGUUAUGGUAUAAAACUGACCACUGCAGCAAAUAAAAGACUGCACUAAAAUCAAGAAUUUUUCAUAGAUUUACACUCUUAUGAGGAAAAAAUCACACAUUUUUCUCCUAGUGUGACUUCAUUCUUUUUCUUUAAUUGUGCAAAUUGUGCUCUUCAUUGAGGUUCUGUACUCAAUUAUUUUAUUGACAUCAGUUCUCUAUAAUGAUGAAAGUGGAAAUGCACUUAAUUUCAUCUUGUGUCUUGCUUUAGCUACGGUUUAACAUGUGCCAAAUGCAAAUAAUUUGUUGAAGAAAGAAAUUUAUGAUGUUAUUUGAAAAAAAAUUAAAUGAGAGGGACUAACACUUCUUCAUUUAUUUUGUACCAUAAAAUUUUGUCUGUAAAAAUUAAUUAAAGAAGAAUUUAUUUACCAAAGGUACUGCUUGUAAGUAAACUCAUAUUUAAAUUAGACAUUCAAAUACAUUUUGUUUGUCUAUAAAAUUUAGUGUUUGAUUCUGAAGUUUUGAUUGAUGCUAUCUUUAAGUAUUUGUGCUGUGAUUAGACAAGAUAUACAUUAUUAUUCACUGUAAAUGUCUGUAACAUUUCAGUUUUCUUAUAUUAUGAAACUUACCUUGAUGUAUCCAGAGAAGCAGAAAUAGAUCUCUGAGAUAGGGGGAACAUUUUCCAUUCUUUUAAUAAGUUAAGUCUCUGAAUUUAUUUAUAAUCUGAUUCAUACUCCCAAAUGGACCUUACACUGUGGCGCUCCCAGAGUUUAUUCAUAUUUACAAGAUUUGAAGAUCAGAGAUCAGACAUCAAUUUCCUAAAGCACUAAAACACACUUCACAAGAAAAACUGAAAAAAAAGGUCAUGGCACCUUUAAAGAUUAGAAGAUUCCAGAACUCGUUAAGUACCAAAAAUUUAUACUUAACAAAUUUGUCUGUAACUCAACAUGCUGCAAAACAGAUUGUAAUCAAAAUAUUGCUGGUUCAAAUCUGAGUAGCAUCAAACUUUUCUUUUACUUCUUAAAAAUUCCAUACCUAUUAACAAAGGGAAAUGAUAAUUAACAAAUACUGAAUCAUAAAUUUCAAUAAAAGCAACAUUUUGUUUCUUUUUAAUUACCAUUUGCAUGAAAAUGUGAGCAUUCAGAAUAAAUUAAAAUCUGGCACAAAAAUGAGAAAGAUCAAAUUUUUUUUUUAAUUUCUAAGGGAUGAACAGUGUUUUUAAUGGAUACAUUUUUUUCAUUUAAAAAGAAAGCAGAUCUGUAUCAAAUUUUAGUUUAUUUUCACAUGAUUAGUAAUUAAAAAGAUAUGACAAGUAAUUAAUAGAAAAAUGUUACUUUAUUAAAAAUUUGUAAAUCAAUAUUUGUUUAUUAACAUUUCUGUAUGAUAACAAAUAUGAAAUUGUAAAGCAGUAAAAAAGUAUUAUGCUAAUAGGAAGAUAGUGGCUUCACGAUUACAGUCCAACUAUACAUUGUGUUUUCUUUCCCUACUGAAGAAUUUGUUAACACAUUACAAGUAUUUUGUAUUUAACAGCACUCAGAAAUCUUCUAAUCUUGAAAGGUAAUUUUGUGAGGUUUUUUUUUUUUUAUUGGAAUUGUGCCAUACUUCUUUAGGAAACUGACAUCCAGGCACUGAACCUCAACUCAUAUAAGUAUGAACAAAAUUGGAGAAUCACCUUUGUCAGACCAUGUGAAACUAGUUUAACUAUAUAAGCACAGGGAAAGUUAUGUAGAUAUUAAGAAAUGUUGAAUGUGUUCCUGUGCAUAUGCUUGCAUAUACUAUCUGCUUUGAUGUAUAUUUUAAAUGAGUGAAAUGAUAUACCUGAUUCAACAGGUGAGCUAGAGGCAAAUGGAUGUACAUUAAAAUUUCUGCAGUUUACAGUGUCCAUGUUUGUUCUGAUCAGAAAUUUUAUGUGUGAGUAAUGCCAUAUGGAAAGCAAAUAUAUCAUCUUGUGUGUUAUACUUAACACACCAAAAGGGCACUAAAAGAUAGUUUCAGUUUGUCUCACAUUUUAUGGAAAAAUAACAUUGAUGUUGCAGUGAUUGCCUAUUAUUAUUGUUAAAUGGUGUAUAUAGAUUAUAUAUAAAUGAAUAUAAUACUUAAUUUAUUAUCAAGUCAGAGUCAACUGUCUGCUGCAUUUACAUGGCAAAGAGCAUCCACUCAAUAUUUGUUGUUUAGUUAACAACUGUUUUCCAUCAUACAAAAAGGAAGGAUGAUGUCAGAAAUUAAACAGUUCUUAUGCUAUUGUACUAUCUGUGAUCAUAGAGAAAUGAAGUAAAUACUAAAAAAGUUCUAAAUUACAGUACAUUAAUUCAUUCACAAAUCUGAAAAGAUGGUAAAUUUUGAAACAGAUAAGCAUCUUCUCUCACAAAACACAUUUAGCAUUUAUAUUUUCUGUGUCUCGAAAUAAUAUAGAUACAGUCAGUUAUGUCUCUGAACAAAAUAACAAACAGCAAAUUUUAUAUCAGGUUGUGUUUUCUUUUCUGAAAUCUGUUUUCAUCAGUACUGUUUUACUUGUGUCUAAAUCAAUAGCAUUUAAAAAUAAUACUGUAUAUUCACAGCAUUUUUGAGCAUUUCAUCGAAUUCAUAAACUUUAUAUGUUCACAGUUCUUCCAAAAAAUUUAAUUUUAAGAAUAUAUAUUGUUAUAAAUAAACUGGUAUUCUGGUAUUCAUAGAACUGAAACAUGUACUAAUGUUCUCUAUAUCACAGGGAAGUGUAAAAAUUCCUAGAUGACAGGUUGUGCAAUUGCUCACAAUUUUCAACACAUUGCUUUAUUCAGUCAAAAAGUUUUAAGUAUUUAUAACUAUCUUAAGUAAUCUUAAAACGUAUGUAGCAAACAGUUUAACAAAAAUCUGAGGAAUUAUUUCUUCCAUGAUCAUUCCAUUACUGUUGAAUUUGUAAAAUAUAUAAGAAUAACUCUUUAUUUUUUAACUGUAAAUAUUGUAAAAAAUCUGCAGUCCUUCUUUGCCUUAUUGUUUAAUGUCCAUUUAUGAAUAAAUAUGUUUGGAUAAUA